AAACUGAAUCAGCGUAACAGUGGGAAAGCUUCUAUAAUGUGCGAAGCUACUCCUUUCUCGAAGGACGUCUUUGAACAGAUUGAGUCCCUUAGAAAGGAGCACACUUCUUUUCUCUCUGUAUCUAACUAUAUGUUUCAGGAGAGAAUCGAACUCCUGUCUGGCUCAGAAGACGAGACCUCCUUCUUAAAUAUCAAUGUUUCAGACUACAAAUCCGAGAUAGAAGCAAGAGUGAAUCAGUCCAAACCUGAGUUGAACAUCUCUCCUGCAACAGAGUACCAUCAUCACCACCAACAACAUCCUGAACUAGCAUCUCAGUGUCUAGGACUUCCCAGUUUCCAAGGGGCCGCCUUUCAACAAUCUGCUGCGACUACUCCUGGUACCGCGGUUCUUGUCCUUCCGACGCAACCCGAUGGCCAGACACAAGAUACCUCAGACUUGGGAGGGCGUGUGCAGACACAGGCACCAGUAAUGUACAAUAGUUCAAAUGUGAGUAGGCAUUUUUCAAGGUAUGCUAGCGCAGCUGACUCUUGCUCUUCACGGCUUAAAGCUAAGGAAUGA